AUGGCGCCACAAACAGAAAUCUCUAUACCCAAUACGACUGUGUCAGAUACAUCUAAACCGUAUACCAUCUACAACAUCAGCAUCCGCCUUCCUUUGCGCUCCUUCACCGUCCAGAAACGCUAUUCCGACUUUACAUCGCUCCACGACUCACUCACCAGCCAGGUAGGCUCGGCUCCGCCAGCUACACUGCCUGCCAAGUCAUGGUUCUCGCGCACUGUCUCCAAUCCAGACUUCACAGAAGAGCGGCGAAGAGGCCUGGAGCACUACCUCCGAACAAUCAACGGAAGUGACGACGCGAGAUGGCGAAAUACGAGUGCAUGGAGAAGCUUUUUGAAUCUGCCCGGCUCAUUAUCCGGCCAGAUGGGCACAAAGGCCGGGGAUUUACACUCAGUUCUCUCUGGUCCCGGCGGUGCAGGGGCGCCAAUCACUGAUGCAGCUGUAUGGUUGGAUUGCCAUAGGGACGUCAAAGCCCAGCUACAUGAUGCAAGGUUGCAUUUAACAAGUCGAGAUCAGGCAUCAUCGCCACAGAAGCAGCAUGAAGCGAGUGCAGCGGCAAAAAGCUGUCUAGUCAAGGUUGCGGGUAUGAUCCAUGCGCUGGAGGAAGGCUUGAAGAACAUACAGCAGGAUUCUGGUGGCUGGGAAUCACAAAAGCUAGGUGACGGGGAGGUGAGACGGAGAAAAGAUUUGAUAGCCACCGCGAAGAAGGAGAAGGAUGGCCUGGAAAACCUGUUGAAUGCUAUGGCAACGAAAAGCAAACUCGACAAUGCUGUCGCAACAUUGCAUGAUACGCAAAAGCUGAUAGGCACAAGAACAAAGACGAGUGGAAGGGUCCUCGGAAAAGAAACGGCAGAGACCAGAGAGCUGGACAAUACGGGUGUAUUGCAAUUGCAGAAGCAGAAAAUGGCAGCCCAAGAUCUGAAUGUGGAAGAGCUGAGGAAGAUUGUGCAGAGACAAAAAGAAUUGGGAGUCGCAAUAAAUAACGAGCUUGAGGUCCAAAAUGAGAUGUUGAGAAUGGUGGACGAGGAUACAGAUCGGGUGCAGGCAAAGAUUGAGAUUGCAAAGAAGCGGAUCGGAAGAAUCUCGUGA